AUGAACGAUACGUAUAGUCAUCGCAUUGUAAGCAACGAUAUCACCAAUGAUUGUGACGAAGAUUCUUGUGAUGAAGACACGAAUGACAAUGAUUUUGAUGACCAAAACACAGAUGAAAGCAAAACUAUUGUCGAUUUGAUUGAAUUUAAAUAUUUAGUCAAUUUAUAUAAUGAGAGAUUUGACGGAAGAGUUGGCUCUAUCGUGAGGUCCAUAACAAAAGACUUUCGACUCGUGCUGUCCUUAACUCUACUCAUUAUAGCGAUGGUUAUAAUGGUGUGGUCGCUGUUGCCGAUAGGCUUUCCCUGCGAGUGUCGGUGCAGUUAUUCUUGGUAUCAGAUUCUCAGUGCAAUUCUUAUGUCUCAUUCCUCGCAAGACAUAGUCAGUCCCAUCCAGUGA